GGCGUGUAUAUUCUCAUACCGUCCGGGUUUUAUGUCAUCUCAACAGCAUCCGAAUUAGUAUGUUCCUUCAAUAUGAAAUUAUAUAUAUUACACUCAUGUCAUUAGCGCGCCAUCACUGUUCGAAAAUCACCAGUGAACGUGUACCUCGUUUUGUCGCCGCUAAGGCUUCGUUAUAACGCGCCUAGCCAACGUUGACAGCCGGAGACCACAAACUCAGUCAAGCGCUCAAAGCUGAGCGUUAUAUAACGUGAUCACUUUUGGCAAAACAUGAUUCGGUUUUGGGCAGGCAGGCGCUGCAAACAGCUUACGUUAGGAGUUACUUCCCUUUUCUCAUGCACAUGUAAUGGCUCGCAAAAUGGCUAGCGGCUCGAAAAUGUCCGCGCUGCGACAUCGACAUCGCAGUUCUUCAAUCUUCAGGCCAGGUGUCAUGAAUAUGCGAUGCUUGAAUACAAGGGGAGGUCGGCUAACAUUGAUAUCAGGUUUCUGUGUUCUGCUAAUCAUUAUUGUCACCCACAAUCAGAUGGUGUAUGAUGUCAUUGUGGAGGACAUGGAGGUUGUACGGUACAAAUACCAGGCUGAUAGGACCAAUUACAUCUGCUGCGACAUGCUAGGCGGGCUUGGCAACCUGUUGUUUCAGUACGCCUUCACGCUGGCCAUGUCACUCCGCUUUAACAUGACAAUGGUGUGUGAAACAGAUAAGAUUCAGACCAUACAACAGAUGUUCGAUAUCCCAGACUGUGCUGAUGACUACAAGGGCCUUCGGUUGUGUUUUGGCGAAGGGGCAAUCAAAAACAAGUUCAACAUUGGCUAUGAUUCGAAAGUUGGAAAUAUGAUGCUUAAACGCGACACUCAUUUUGGUGGCUAUUUUCAGUCCUGGUUAUACUGGGUAAAAUACGAGGACACAAUAAGGGAACACUUCACCAUAAAGUCCGACCUAAAGGCAUCAGCGGAAAACUAUAUCGAUGCCAGUUUACAAGAACUCGGAGUCGAAAACAGAUCAUCCGUAUCUCUGGUGGGUGUUCACGUUCGACGGGGUGACCUGCUAAAUGAUUUCUUUCGUGAACAUGGUUAUUUUGUUGCACCAGAGGAGUAUUUCCACAAGGCUAUGGCCUACGUCACCAAGAGAGUUCCUAAACCAGUCGUGUUUGUUGUCAGUUCUAACGACAUGGAAUGGUCACAAGAAGUUGUCAAGGAAACGAAUGCCGUGUUCCUGCUGAACAAUACAAGAGAGUUCGACUUUACAGUUUUGACAAUGUGCGAUCAUUUUAUUAUGUCAGUGGGAACGUUCGGAUGGUGGGUAGGUUGGCACAUUCAAGGAUUGGUUAUUUAUUACAAUAAACCAUUCCGACCAGACUCUGAGCUGUCUGGUGUUGUUACCAAUGACUAUGUAACAACUUUUGCCUACCCUAAAUGGAUCGGGAUGAGCUGAUACCUGUAUGAAUGUGCAUGAGUUGAUGAAAAAAUUGUGCUUAUGUGAACAUGUGAUGCUUAAAAUUACGGGUCUCGUCUAUACAGGGGUUGCCUGGUCACGUGUUCGCUCGUCACGCCGAAGACCGGUUCGUUUCGCAACAUGGGUACAAAGGCUGAAGCCUAUUUCUGGUCUUUACACCCAAGUCAUAUUGCUGAAAUAAUGCCUAAAGUUGUGUAAAACGUUGUGAACUCAGUCAGUCACUCUUGUCUUAGCGUCUGUUGAAGUGAAAGAUUUGUUUGUGGUUUACAAAAGCAUUAAGCAGUAUUCCACAUAUAUAGAAACAGUCUGUAAAUAUUCGUGUCCGGAACAGACAAUCCAGUGAUCGAUAUUGUGAUCACCGAAUCUCAGAUAAGUACAGUCUCAUUAAAAUCAUAUCUACA